GCCCGCGCGGGCGGCAGAGGGCGCCCGGCGACCCGGAAGCGGUUGUCCAGGAGGAGGCGGCCCGGCCUGAGGGGGUGGGGCUGGCGGCGAUUUGGCCCUGGGCGACGAGGUCUCUUCUCUUUCCCCGCGGGGCCGCACCGGCUGGGAAAGUUUGUCCUGCAGUGCAGGGGAGCCGCUCCGAUGGCCUCGGUGCUGUCCUACGAAAGCCUGGUCCACGCCGUGGCCGGAGCCGUGGGCAGCGUGACAGCAAUGACAGUGUUUUUCCCCUUGGAUACAGCUAGACUUCGGCUCCAGGUGGAUGAGAAAAGGAAGUCCAAAACCACGCACAUGGUGCUCCUGGAGAUCAUCAAGGAAGAAGGCCUCCUGGCUCCAUAUCGGGGGUUGUUUCCGGUUAUUUCCAGUCUCUGCUGCUCCAAUUUUGUCUAUUUCUACACUUUCAAUAGUCUGAAAGCUGUCUGGCUCAAAGGUCAUCACUCUACUACUGGAAAAGAUCUGGUAGUUGGAUUUGUUGCAGGUGUGGUGAAUGUAUUGCUAACAACUCCACUUUGGGUGGUGAACACCAGACUGAAGUUGCAAGGGGCAAAGUUUAGGAAUGAAGACAUUGUUCCCACCAACUACAAAGGCACUGCUGAUGCUUUCCAUCAGAUCAUUCGGGAUGAAGGCAUCUUGGCUCUGUGGAACGGUACAUUUCCCUCCUUGCUGCUGGUCUUCAAUCCCGCCAUCCAGUUCAUGUUCUAUGAAGGUCUGAAACGGCAGCUUUUAAAGAAACGGACAAAGCUUUCUUCCCUGGAUGUGUUCAUCAUCGGCGCAGUAGCCAAAGCGAUUGCCACCACACUCACCUACCCCUUGCAGACAGUGCAGUCGAUCCUGAGGUUUGGACGUCACAGGCUAAACCCUGACAACAGAAUGCUGGGGAGCCUGCGGAACGUGCUCUGCCUGCUUCACCAGCGAGUGAGGCGAUUUGGGCUCUUCGGACUCUACAAAGGCCUGGAAGCCAAACUGCUACACACGGUCCUCACGGCUGCCCUCAUGUUCCUGGUCUACGAGAAGCUGACGGCUGCCACCUUCGCCGUCAUGGGACUCAAGGGUGUGCGCAGGUCCUGAGCCGCUGUCCAGCCAAGGGCAGCCAGGGCCUUGCGGGAUGGCAGAGAGGUACCACCUCUUUCCCUUGGGCUGCUUCCACUGCGCGUCUUGCUGCGUUGGCUUGGAAAGCGUCCAGGACAGCAGGGAGCCCAGCCAGCUGGUCUGACUGCCAGCUCGGUUUUUAUGAUGUCUGGUUGGAUCCUGGGGUGGAGGUUGGACUAAUAUGGAAAGAAGACUUUUUGAGAGCCUAAAAGUGAAAGUCUGUUGGGGUUUUCAUUGGUUUUCUGCGUAAGUGAUCUUCCCCAUCUGAAGUUUUUCUGAAGUUUGCCAGCUCUUGUUUCUCCCUGAAUUGUCUCCCAGAUUCUAGGACCAACUUCAUAACACAUCAUUCUUGUCUGA